AUGGAAGCUUCAUCACCGUUAGCGGCUUUGCACCGCCCGAUGCCCGUUCCGGGCUGGGGUAGGGACAUUUUCCGUCACUCUCACUUCUCUGCAACCUCCAGCGGUUCUGGACCCAUGAGUCUUCGCGAGCAAUUGCACAAGAGCACGGCCGACUACUUCAACGUCAAGGACAUCCGGGGCUCCUCUCCUGCCGCCAGCCUCGCUGCCGACUUGUCCCAGAACUUCCGUCUCGACAAUGACUCCAGUCCCCAUUUCCCGACCCCUCGUCGAGCUCUCUUCACAGCCCACACCAUCACCGGUAUGGAAGGUCGUGAUUGCGUUACCACUCCUCCUCUCCCGUCGUCGUCACCUGCUCCCCUGACUGAGUUGAUGGAGAUGUCACCACUUCCUCACAAGAUGCCCUUCUUCAGUCAGAUCGACAUCACCUCGCCAACUCCCGGCUCAACGCCCCUUGCCGAUGACGAGAUGAUGUUGGACUCUCCAGCCCCCAUCUCUCGACAAUCGUCGUUGGAGCCGGCCAGACCCAUUGUGGCUGACCGCAGAAUCGCUGUGCCCCGAAGACCGUCUCUAACACGGAUGAAGGGCCUCAGUACCACUGCUCUUCCUAGUCGGCCACAGGACAGCACCCAACUGCCGCCUUUCCGAUUCGGGACUGACUCUCGCCUCAACCACACCAGCUCAAACCUCUCUCUUAGUGAAUGCUUCGAGACUGCCUCACCACCUUCAGAGCGCCGGCCCUCGUCGGCCAACAGCCCUUGUGCACCCGUCCCUCUAAGCCUUCGUGCGAGACAUCCCUUUCCCAAUUUCGUCGGGUCGGGUGGUUACCGCACCGGCUCGCCCAUGAACUGCCAUGCCCGUCGGCAGUCUAACCCUUUUCUCCGAAAUCGCAAACAGUUCCGCCGAUCACUGAGCAUGUUCGAGAACCCAGCUGACGUCAUGAAGUCCAAGUCUGAGUCUCCGGAGACUGCAUCGUCUGCCUUGCAGUCGGUCAUGGAUGUUGAAGAGUCUCAGGAGCCUGUUCUUCCCCACUUCUUAACUGAUGAUCCCACGGAUACCAUUCCGCGUAUCACCAAGGAGACCCUUGUGGACGUCCUGGACGGAAAGUACUACCAGCACUUUGACCAGAAGAUGGUCAUUGAUUGCCGCUUUGAGUAUGAGUACGACGGCGGCCACAUUGAUGGUGCUGUCAAUUACAAUGACAAGGAGCUGCUGACCAGCCAGCUCUUCCAAACUCCCAUGAGUGGACGCACCCUGCUCAUCUUCCACUGCGAAUACUCUGCUCACCGAGCUCCCCUGAUGGCUCGUCAUGUCCGAUCCGAGGAUCGCACUGUGAAUGCAGAGUUUUAUCCUAAGCUUACGUAUCCCGAGGUCUACAUCAUAGAUGGUGGAUAUAGCGGCUUCUUUGCUGAACAUCGGUCCCGAUGCUACCCCCAAGAAUACGUUGAGAUGUCGGAUGAGGCGCACCAGCGCACCUGCGAACGCGAAAUGGGUCGCCUAAAAUCUCGUAAGGGUUUGAGCCGAGCCCAGACUUUCGCCUUUGGCCAGCGAGAGCGCUGUGUGGAAGAAUCGCCCACUGCCCCAAGCCGGCCCAUGUCGCGACAUAACCCCAUUGCCAUGAUUGGUAACUCUCCCAUCCUUGGGGAGAGAACACACACACGUCGAAUGGCCUCCUACUAG